CUGGUAUUCCUACUUGAGUGUGAGUUGCUACUUUUCCACCUUUGUUGAGAUGAAAACACUGGAAAAAAAUUUAGAUCCUUAUUUUCCAUACUUUGCAGAUCUCCACAUAUAUCAAAUCAAUCCUGUACUUCUCAGUACUUUUGUUUGAAUGGGCUUAGCGCAACAUAACUUCCUACCACUUGUGAAGAAUAACUCCACCCUUGCUUGGGAAAACAAAAGUUCCUGUAGGACGGAGGAGGACCAAUGUCCUCUCAUCCUCCCCCAUCGUUAUCUCCAGCACACACAGUAACUUUUCAUUUGAGAGCACCAUGAGCAAGAUGGCACCUCCGCCCGCCAAGCAGCCUUCAUCCUCGUCGCCACCGUCACUAGGGCAGUGGCGCGGACGUCGAGAACCAAAAUGUACGCGCUGCAGGAAUCACGGCUUGUUGUCGCACCUGAAGGGCCACAAGCGCUUCUGCCAGUGGAAAGAUUGCCAAUGUAAAAAGUGUAAGCUCAUAACCGAGAGGCAGAGGAUCAUGGCGGCUCAGGUUGCCUUGAGGAGAGCGCAGGUUCAGGACGAGGAGCUGGGCAUCUGCAAACUGGUAAAGCAGGCCAGCCCGGAGUUUGUGGUGAAAAGCAAAGAAGAGCCCCGCCGCCCGUCGGCGGCCCAAGGACGACCCCUGACACUGGCCGGCGAUUCUUCUUCUCUGCUGUCUGCCAAAGCUGCAGGGGGCGCCUGGGAGCAAAGACUGACAGAGGGUGUGUUGUGUUUGUCAGGUGCGAGGAGUCGCUCCAGCCAGGUGGCAGAGACUAGCUGGGCACGAGGUCACGUUAAAGCUGAGCUGCAGUUGGGGACCUCCUACCAGAACAUGUACCAGGCCCCCUGCUACGACAACCACUAUCAAUCUUACCAGGUGCCCCAUGGCGACGACGGCCACAUGUCGGGCUGGAACGUGUCCCCGCAGUACCACCUCAUGCAACCUCACUACUCUGCGGCCUCUUACCUGCAGCAGGGGUUGGGCACUUCCUACUACAACCUGGAAGAUAUCAACUACUCCGAGGCCAUCCCCGCCGCCAUGAUGGACAGCGGCGAGGGCGGCGCCCCUGACUCGAUGGCCUUCUGCGACUUCGCGGACAUCAAGUCGGAGCAGGAUGACGGAAGCGACAAUACCGGCCGCCUCGUCAUCGACGAAGAUAUGGGCGAAUGAACGCCGAGCUUCGGUUUUUGCACGACAAGCGACGCUUUUAACAAACAAACUUACUUCACUAAUCAUUCAAAUCAACAGCUAACAGAUUUGUCACAACAUAAAGUUAAAGUUAUAGAAUAAUACAUGUUUGAUUAUUUUUUUAAUCAACAAGAAAUGACAUUUUAUUUAGUUAAGUGUUUCUUAAAUUUUUUUCUUAUAAUUGUUGAUUUCACAUGAUUUUUUUUCAUUACCCUAAUAAAGAUUCAUUGAUGAAACUGCGUCCAACGCCCA